UUCUUUUUUUUUUUUUUUUCUACCAGAUGUUUUACAAGUAAGUAACAAAAGAUUCCAAUGGAAGUUUCCUAUGCUUCAUCAAAAUCAUGAAAAAAAAAAUAGCAAAUACUUUUUGUAGUGUAUGGCUGCUUUAUGUCAAAGUCACAGUUGUAAAGCAGAGGGUGUGGGAGCCAGAGACAGAUUUAGUCAUCCACACAGGGCCAGCCAUGAGUGAAUAAAUCAGUUUACAUCUUGGUUUUGAGGGUUUUAAAGGAAUGUAAAUGAAAAAUAUUGUAAUCACACACACACACACACACACACACACACACACACACACACACACACACACACACACAAAAUAUUUUAUAAACUCAAAAAGAGCCUGAGGGACUUUUUCUUGUCCAAGUGAUUGACAGACCUCUUCGAGUGACUCCCACAGGAAGGAGGAAUGGUACGUCUUUGUUCUUUGGAAGAUAUCUCCCUGAUGUCAAGUAAUCUUGUAAGAUUUAAGGCUCUUAGAGUCUAUUUUAAAAAGUUAUCCUUUAGUAACUUUCUAGGCAGUUUAGGAUGUCUCAUCUCCUUCCAGGGUGGGAAAUAGUGCUCAGGUCCCAUUCUUCUGAUGGGUAAGUAAAGUUCUGCUCUUUUAGUUCUUAUUUUAUUGGCUGUUGCCUAUGAGAGAGAGGUCCAGUUUCAAUUCCCUCAAGGCCUCCUUGUUUAACACCCAGCCUAUGGGGAACAUGGAAAUGCUUAAGGGGAGCAACAUUGACUUUAAAGUCAGAAAUCGGCAUAUAGAAUCUUUGCUUUGUGAAACAGAACUCUUUCUCUCUCUCUCUCUCCCUCUCUCUCUCUCUCUCUCUCUCUCUGUGUGUGUGUGUGUGUGUGUUGAAAUAUGAUCUCAUUGUAUAGCCCUAAUUUGCUAAAUAGAUCAGGCUGGUGUCCAGCUCACAGAGAUCUGUCUGCCUCUACUUCCCAACAGGAAUUUAAAAUAUUUUUUUAAAACUAUGUGCACAUACGGGUAUGAGUGUAGGUAUGUGCACAUGAGUACAGUGUCUGAUAGAGGUCAGAGUUGUCAGAUUCCCUGGUACUGGAGUUACAGGCAGAUGGGAGCCACUCAACAUGGGUGCUGAGAACUAACUCUAGCCCUUUGCCAGAAUGGUGCUUACUCUUAACUACAGAGCCAUCUUUCCAGCAACCCCUAUGCCUAUUGAAGGUAAUUUUUGCAGGGCCCAGGCUGACCUCAAACUUACUUUAUGUUUGAGGAUGACCUUGAACUCCUGAUCCUUCUGCCUCCACAGGGCGAGUACUGGGAUUACAGAUGUGUUCCAGCACACCUGGUUAGAGCAAGGCUCCUUCUGAGGGCCAUACUAUCAAGUGAAUGCCUCAUCAUGCAAACAUCAUUUGCGGAGCCUUCCAGUCAAAGUCUUAAAGUUCCUCCGUAUCUGCUAUUGGCCCUCCCAGAUCUCUGAUCUUUUUCAUGUUCUUAAAUACCAGCUGCAGUGGAUCUGGACAUGAUUGAUUCACGGUGAGGAAUAACCAUAAUAGACGUGGGUUUUGGAAAAAAAAUCGCUUUGUACUUUGUUUCCAGAUCAAUUAUUGCAUGCGAGUUCCUCUCCAACAUCAGUAUUGGCUUUGAGCGCUUUGGGUGAUAGUGAGCAGAAGAGAGUAAGAGCAAAUGAGACAGUCUGGAGAUGUCCCAGUGUGAGCUGCAGGAGAUUGCUUCCAAGAGAACCCCACACACUGCUUUAUAGUACCCUGUAAUCAAUAGGAGACACACCUUUUCAAACGGGGGCCAAAGCACCCUGUAGUAAAUAAUAAGCCAGUAACAUAGUCAUCUAGUGUCACUCUGAGCCUAAUGUGCCAUCUGUAAUUGUGUGUGGCCUGCUUUUGUUCAGCAGAUGUCACACAGGGUUUUCUCUUUUAUACCAGCGUCGCCAAAAGCAUGUGAGGGCUGCUUGGUGACUUGAUGGCGCUGCCAUGACAUCACCAGACAGCAGCUUGCUUUUAGAUUAUUAUGUUCCUGUAUGAGCAAUUACACAUGCUGUCUAUUGUUCACUGCAUGCUACAAGGCUGGGUUUAGCAGUUUGAACCUAGGGAUGCUGCUAGCUUCUCUGAGUCGGUCUCCAGUCUAUCACAUAUUCUGAGUGACUCCUGUCUGAUCCAACAGAAUGCCUGACUUAGCACCUUCAGAAGCACCUGAGAGUGUGUGUGGUGCUGGAGGGGCAGGCAGUGGAGCCAGAGAGGAGCAGAAUAUUCCUACUUUUGUGUCUUAUGCUUCAGCCUCCGGCUCAGGUCCUUCCAGGUCGACAAGGACACCUCCCCACUACCCCAGGUUUUGCUCAGUUGUCAUUCUCAUAGUCCCCAUGACAGGAAUGAUUCAUCCAUCAGCUCUCCCAGUCUGUCUUUCAUCACAUCUUCAGUGACCUGUGUGUAUUACAGUCUUCUGAAGUAAUUUGUUUUCAGCAUCUGGCUUCCCUUGAUAGACUGGGUUUGGCUCUCACCUUCCACUUCUUGCUUGGGGUGGGAGACUCUGCACACUGGGGGACUGAUUAAUGAAUGUAUUCAGCUAGCAGCCAGCAGCCAGCAGCCAGCAGCAGGUGGUACUACCUAACUGCCUGUUCACCCCACUCAUAACACAAUAUCCUCUUUAGGAAAUGUUGGCUACACAAACUUUUUUAAAUUAAAAAAAAUUUUUUUUUAAUAUCAGGAGUGCCUGUAAAUUGCAGGUUUGUCUUUGUGUUUGGACAUGGGAAGGGAGGGUUGCUAUAAAAUUUGUGAAAAUACAGACUGUCACAGAAAUAGAUAUACACAUUAAUAUAUGCUAACACAGUAGUUUCUUCCUUUGGAAGCUGUGAGGUUUCGGCAAUGCCCCUCUUUUUGUGUUUAGGUUUUCCAGCGUCUACAGUAAAGGGGUGAUGUUUUGUGAAAUUGCUGCUGACAGUGAUUAGGAAAAUAGGCUGGAGUUGAACCAAGCUUCCACAGAAAAGCUAGGGGCACUCGGGUUCCACAGCACUUUAACUUAGAUUUUAGUUUAAAAAGCAAACAAGACAAACAAACAAACAAAAUACAAAACCAAACAUCAACAAGAACAACUCAAUAUUUUAUGCCAGUUGUAGGCUGCACACCUGUGAGUCAAGAAGAUCUCCAGCGCAAGACCUGACUGUGUUACAUCAUAAGUUCAAGGCCAGCCUAGGCCAAAGAGAUCUUGACCAACUGGCAACUGGCAACUGCCUGGUCGUCAUGGCAACGAAGCACGCUAACUCUGAGUGUCAGUGGAGGCUGGAGCUGGCUUUCAAGAGAGCAAGGGGCGAUGGCGCAGAACGUGUAUGGUCCUGGAGUGCGGAUGGGCAACUGGAACGAAGAUGUCUAUUUGGAGGAGGAGCGCAUGAGACACUUCCUAGAGAAGAGGGAAAAAGGAGAACUUCUUAUUCAGAGAAACAGAAGAGUGAAGAAGAACAUUUUGAGACCGUGACGGCGCAAACAGCUGCGAAAUGGGCCAAGUGGUUGUCUAUGGGCAGAACUUCUGCCUGGGGAUAGCAGCAGGACUGGAAGGCAAGAUGCUGUAUCUAACAAGUGACCACAGGACCCUUUUGAAGUCUUCUCUGAAGUCCGGCCUACAGGAGGUGACUCUGACAGAUGAGGUCACCCAUCUGAACUGCUGGCAGGCUGCCUUCCUCGAUCCCCAGCUGCGCCUGGAAUAUGAGGGCUUCCCAGUGAGGGCAAAUGAAAAAAUUGUCAUCUAUCAUCGUCACACAAACCGAGCCCUGGCGGUCCACCGGAAUCUCUUCUUAAGGACCUACUUUGGGAAGGAAAUGGAGGUUGUAGCUCACACAUAUCUGGACUCACACAAAGUAGAAAAACCCAAGAACCAGUGGAUGCUGGUUACUGGAAAUCCCAGGAACAAGUCGAACACCAUGCUAGACAUCUCCAAACCCAUCACAGAGGAUACGCGCGCCUUGGAGCAGGCCAUGGGCAUCAAUACAUAGUGACAUACCAGGCGUACAGGUGGCCUCUCAGGCUCUGAUCUCAUCAACUCUUCCACUUAAAAGAAAUGAACAGUCUUUCUUGGCUGUGCCCCAAGCAGUUUGUCAGUAGGUGCAGAACUCCAUGAACACAACAUUAAAAGGAAUACCACAUUAAAAUUGAUGAUGGGAGCCUAGCCUUAGGGAGUAAAUGGUGUUUUGAAAAUGAAUAGUAUUUGAAAUUAAAUCAGGUUUUGUUGAUAUCCCAAUUGUGAAGAACUUAGCGCCCCCAUGCAGCGCCCCUUGCUUGGCAGGACCUGGGAAGCCCGUGCUCCUUUGCAAAGCUGUGUUUAGGCAAUAAAGAGGUCAGAAGUUUACGGAU